UAUUACACGGCGCGUGAGUUUAACGCGCAACUCUUGGCUAUUUUCUUUUGAACAUUCAUUCCGUGACGCGAGUGUUAUUACACAAAGCCUUUUUCUCAUUUCAGUAUUGCGCGUUAAUUUGACAGUUCUUUUCAUUUUAUUUUCUUCGCCCAUUGUUAGAUUAACAUAAAAUUAUUUUAAUAGCAAAAAUGGAAGCCAAAGAUGAAACAAAUUUUCUAGACACGGCGGUAACUAUUCUUAAUUGUAUGGAUACCGAUAGCAGUUCCGACGAAGAAAUAAUGUUGGGGAUUGUAGAUAUUUGUGAAGAUGCUUUCGAUACAUUAAAAAAAAAGAAAAAAAGAAAUUGGAUAAAACAGUGGAGAAAACAAAGACCUGUCCAGGGAUCAUUCAGUUUUUUAACAUCUGAACUUAAAGUAAAUGACAGCGAAUCCUUUUUUAAUUAUCUCAGGAUGAACGAAAAAACAUUUGACCUGCUUUUAUUACUAAUUGAAAAUGACAUCAAAAAAGAAAAUACAAUGAUGAGAGAUGCUAUAUCACCGCCUGAAAAAUUGGCAGCUACUUUGAGAUUCUUAGCUACAGGUGAAUCUUUCAAGAGCAUAAAUUAUCAAACCAGACUGUCGCAACCCUUUCUUUCUAAAGCCAUCCCAGAAGUUUGCGCAGCGAUUUGGAAAAACUUAAAAGGCUCAUAUUUAAAGUUUCCAGAAUCGAAAUCGGAAUGGGAACAAAUCGCUGAAGACUUUGCGAUACGUUGGCAAUUUCCAAAUUGCCUUGGUGCUCUCGACGGCAAACAUGUUGCUUUCAGAAGCCUAAGAAAAGAUGGCGCGUAUUACCACAAUUAUAAAGGCACUAACAGCAUAAUUUUAUUAGCUUUGGCAGACGCAAACUGCAGGUUAAUUUACGUGGACAUAGGAAGCAAUGGACGAACUAAUGACGCUGGAGUUUUGCUACAAAGCUCUUUGAAAAACGUAUUGGAUGAUGCACCUAAUAAGUUUCCACACGAUAGGAUUGUGGGAGAUGGAAGAGUACUUCCAUUUGUGAUUGUUGGGGAUGAUGCCUUUCCUCUUCAAAAACACAUAAUGAAACCAUAUCCAUUCAGAACGCAAAGCAAAACAAAAAGGAUUUUCAACGUACGAUUAAGCAGAGCAAGGCAUGUGGUUGAGCAUACCUUCGGAAUAAUGUCGAACAGAUUUAAAAUACUUCAGUCGACUAUGAACCUUCGUGUUGAACAAGUUCAAGUUGUCACAAAAGCUUGUUGCGUCCUGCACAAUUUCUUAAUGAAACACAACUCUAAUGAAACUAAUUCACUGUUAGCCUCUUUUCCAACAACGAGCACAAACAUAAAAACUCAAGAAAUUGAUAAUCCCCGUAAAGGGGCAGCAGAGGCAAUACGAUGUAGUUUUGCUGAAUAUUUUUGUAACGAAGGACAAGUAGAAUGGCAAAAUAAACAGAUUUAAAUAAAAUUA